UCCAGGGCUCCGUCCAAGGGUCACCCCCCACCCAGCAGCUCCCUCCACCCCCGAGCUGGGGCUGGCGCGCACGUGACCGCGGUGACCCCGCGCGCUCCCCGCACGCCCGCCGCCUGCAGCCGCUGGGCCAUGGGCUCCUCGGCGGGGAACCACCUCUACGUGCGGGUGCUGCGCCUCCCCGAGCCGCCCAGGCCCUCCUGGCUCGGGACGGCCGCGCUGGGCCUGGGCCUGGGCGCCGUGGCGCUGGGCCUGGGUCUGGGCGCCGUGGCGCUGGGGAAGGUCCUCUGGCGCCGGGUGCGGCGCAGGGGGCGCCGGCGGCGGCAGGUGGGCACCGUGGCGCAGCUGUGGAUCUACCCGGUCAAGUCCUGCAAGGGGGUGGCGGUGAGCGAGGCCGAGUGCACCGCCCUGGGGCUGCGCAGCGGCCACCUGCGGGACAGGUUUUGGCUGGUGAUCAACGAGGCGGGGAACAUGGUGACUGCCCGCCAGGAGCCGCGCCUGGUCCUGGUGUCCCUGACCUGCGAGGGGGACGCCCUGACCCUCAGCGCAGCCUACAUGCAGGACCUGCUGCUGCCCAUCGAGACGCCCUCCACCAACCCCGUGCUCAAGUGCAGGGUGCACGACCUGGAGAUCCAGGGCCGGGACUGCGGCGAGGCAGCGGCCCAGUGGAUCACCAGCUUCCUGAAGACCCAGCCCUACCGCCUGGUGCACUUUGAGCCUCACAUGCCGCCGAGAAAGCCCCACCAGAUAAAGGAUGUGUUCCGGCCCACAGACCAGAUCGCUUACUCUGACGCCAGCCCGCUCCUGAUACUCUCUGAGGCUUCGCUGGCGGAUCUCAACUCCAGGCUGGAGAAGAAAGUGAAGGCAAUGAACUUCAGGCCCAAUAUCCUCAUUUCGGGCUGUGGCGUCUAUGCGGAGGAUUCGUGGCACAAGCUUCUCAUUGGGGACGUGGAACUGAAGAGGGUGAUGGCUUGUUCCCGGUGCCUUUUGACCACCGUGGACCCGGACACGGGCGUCAUGAGCAGGAAGGAGCCGCUGGAGACCCUGAAGAGUUACCGCCUGUGUGAUCCCUCUCAGCAAAAAUUAUACGGAAAAUCGCCUCUCUUUGGACAGUACUUGGUUCCGGAAAACCCAGGGACAAUCAGAGUGGGAGACGCCGUGUACCUGCUGGACCAGUAACCGGAACCCCCGGUCCCGGGAGAGCAGGUGCCUUGGAAAAUGCCCUCGGAAAUGCCACCCCUUGACAUACCGUGUUUUGGAGCCGCCGCCUCCACGUUUUCUUGAGAUCUCUGAUUUCCGAGUCUUUGCUCUUGUGGAUUUCCUUGUGUCUCGAUGUUUCCAGUGUCCUGAGGCUCAAGGCAAAAAAAAAAAAAAAAAAAUACAGUCUCCAUGACUGAGUCGGACUUCCGGAAGCCACCUGACUGACAGGCGUCUGAGAAUUCCGUGUUUAACUAUGAUUGUGGAAUAAUUCUUUCUCCUUCCUCUUUAUUCACCUCCCUGGAGCGCUCACCUCCGUCAUGUCAUUGGUACCCCUUAGGGAAAGAGAAG